GGAGAGUUUGGAUUUUGUUCUCAGGCGAUAGGGAGUCUCAGGGGCUGGGGCUGGGGUGAUUUAAGCAGAGCUGUGAUGACAUCUGAUUUCUGCUGGGGAAACAUUGCCAUUUCUGCCCUCAUAGCUGAGGAAACAGGUCCAGAACCAUAGCCAAGUUGACUUCUCUCUCUGGGGCCCAGAGGGGGAGGCUAGAGAUUCCCUAGGAGUCCCCUGGUGAGUGGCCAAAAACUAGCAGGAGACUGGGGACUGUCUCCUCCACACCCCUGCCCCCCAGACCCAGACCUGGGUUCAGGUUCUGGCUCUGCCAUUUAUUAGCCAUGUGACCUCAGACAUGUGGCCUCACUCUCCACGCCUUGGUUUUCUCAACUGUAAAAUGGUCAUAAUAGUAGUACCUACCUUACAGUGUACGUGUGAGGAUUAAUAAAUGAGUUAAUACCUAGAAAGAGCUUAGAACAAAUGCCAGGUACAAAGAAAGCACUUGGAGAAGUUCUUAGCCUGUGUUAUAAAACUUGUCAUCAUUGCCUUGCUUUUACUACUGUUAGAGCCUAACUAAGCGCUGCUUCCUUCCCCACUGUUGCCUUAGUAGAGGGUUAGGCAGGCACCCAGCAGUCUGCUGUGGACAGUGAUGGUCUUGUCACUUCCCUUAUCCUCCUAAAAUCAGGACCCAGGGGCUGGAAGAGGUCUCAGAGCUGAUUCAUUCCCAGGUGGAAGAGAGUUGUCCCUUGAAUCAGUUCCUGUCCCCUUGUGCCCCCCACCCCAAUGCUGGUGCAGCCCCCACCAGGCACAGACAUGGAACUGGGUCCUCUUUCACUUCCUUGGGGCUCAUGUUUGAGGCCAGUGCGCACUUCCUUCUUUGGACCUCAGGAUCCCAGUGAAGACUGGCGUCUCGAAUGUGCCACCUUAAGUGAUGUAAUAGAGCUUGGUGGCAGAAGAGACAGUCACCUCCUUCCCAGGGGUUCCUUCUGGCAGGGCUACUACUGUCUCUUCAUCUGUAAAAUGGGGAAUAGCUCCUCCCACUCAGGGUAGUAUAGUGAUUUAAACAAGGACCGUGUCUGGCAAUCUGAAAUUCUAGUUAUUAUUAUUGUUAUUAUUGCUGUCAAUUACUAAUGUUUACAGCUUGCUCAAAGCUUCAGUAGGCACUCUCAAGCUCUAAGAACUCACACUGACCUGGCCUGGAACCUGGGACUCUCCUUUAGACAGAAUGGAAGACCGGAGAGUUUCAGCAACCUACUCAGGGACACACAGCCAGAAAGCCGGGUGGUGUUAAUUAAGGUUUGGUCUGAGGAGAAAGAGCCCAAGUUGGACUCUACAGGGUGAUUUUGGCAACUGACUCAACCUGUCCCAGCCUCAGUUUUCCAUUAGUCAUAUGGGGAUAAUAGUAGAGUUCCCUCCAUAGGGAUUGUUGGGAAGAUUGAAAUGGGUUAAUUAACACCAGGAAAAGUUAAUAUAUUAACUGGUGGUCGUUGUGGCAGUGACAAGGGGGACUCGGUUUUUCCAUCUGCAAGAUGGGUGCCCUUGCCCUACUGGGCCCCACGUGUGGGCCAGGGCAGCCGGGGAUGGGCGGGCCCCGCUCGCGGAAGGGCUUCCUGGGGUAGGCAGGGCGCCUGAGACCGGGUCCCGGCGCCGAGUUGGCGGACAGCAAGCCCGGGCUCAGUUCCGGCCCGCUGCCUGGCUUUCCUUCUCCCUUUUCGAGUAACUCCUGGGCCGGCGGGUUCACUUGCUCGGGGCCGGCCGCCGGAAGUUGCGCAAACGUUGUGUUACCUGAGCCCAGGUGGGCCGGGCUGGAGAGCGCAGAGCGCCGGUCAGGACCCAGUCAGCCGUUGUGGAGUCCAGCUGCCAGCUUUCUGCUUGGAUCUCUGUCUUCUCAUUUCUCCAGUCUCCUCAGACAGAAGCCCUCGGGGAAUGUAACAGCCAUGCCAGUGGACACGCUGACUCCGGGAGCCCGGGACACCCCUGCUCUACCUAUCCGUCUACGGACCAAGGUUCCUGGCUACCUGCUACGGCGUCCAGCGGACGGUGGAGCCCGGAAACCUAGUGCUGUCGAACGCCUGGAGGCCGACAAGGCCAAGUACGUCAAGAGCCUACACGUGGCCAACACUCGUCAGGAGCCUGUGCAGCCCCUGCUGUGCAAACAACCCCUCUUCAGCCCGGGAACUCGCCGCACCGUGCUCACACCUAGCCGCCGAGCCCUGCCUGGCCCCGGCCGCCGGCCCCAGCUGGACUUGGACAUCCUUAGCAGCCUCAUCAACUUGUGUGAUAGUCCUGUGUCCCCUGCCGAGGCCAGCCGUACCCCCGGACGGGCUGAGGGGGCCAGGCAGCCUCCCCCGGCCACGCCCCCACGCCCACCACCAAGUAUUGCUGCGGUCCGACGAGUGGAUGUCCUGCCUCUGCCGGCGUCACCUGUCCAGCCCUGCCCAUCGCCAGGCCCUGCCGCCGCCUCUAGCCCAGUCCGGCCCCCAGGUUUGCAACGCUCCAAGUCGGACCUGAGUGAGCGCUUCUCACGGGCAGCAGCUGACCUGGAGCGAUUCUUUAACUUCUGUGGCCUGGACCCGGAGGAGGCGCGGGGAUUGGGUGUGGCCCACCUAGCACGGGCCAGCUCAGACAUCGUGUCGCUGGCGGGGCCCAGUGCUGGGCCAGCCAGCUCCGAGGGGGGCUGCUCCCGCCGCAGCUCUGUGACCAUCGAGGAGCGGGCUCGGGAGCGUGUCCCGUACGGCGUGUCAGUGAUAGAGCGCAACGCCCGCGUUAUCAAAUGGCUGUAUGGGUUGCGGCAGGCGCGGGAGACUCCAGCAGCGGAAGGCUAGGUGUCCACUGGAGUCGGGAUCUUAGAGAGGCUGUUGGCCUCUUGACCUCUCCUGCAUCCAUUCCCUGGCUUGGAGCAGACCCAAGGCUGCUGCCUUAUGUGAACUUGCUGUGGAGGCAAAGGCUCAGAGCACCCAUCUGGCAAGGACUGACCUGGAGAGAGUUGGCUCUUGACCUUGGACCACUGCCUGGCCCUCACAUGUAGGGUUUUGACAUGAAUGUCCCCUGCUUGUGGGUUUGGAUUUGGGGCACUUAACCCUCCCCACUGAGAGUGGGGGGCCAGGGGAUCUCACCAGAACUGUCUACCCAGCAGCUCUGUUUCUUUCUUCCUUCCUUGGCCUCUGUCCUUUACUGACUUCCUCUUCUUUAGCCCGUGGGCCUUGGUUACCUGGGAACUCACUCUGGGGUGGGGCAGGGAAGAGUGGCCUUGGCAGCCUGGGCCUAGGUGGGUGGACUACAGAAGGGACUGGUAGGAGUCUGCACUGCUCUGACUUCCCUCCUUUUAGUUAAUAAACACAAAUGCUUGUUUUUCAAA